AUGUCCAGGCGACCUCUCAGUACGAAUUCUGGCCAGGAUCAUCAGCAUAGACCCAUGCUUGACCCAGGUGCACUUUCGCUCAGACCACGCCCAUCUUUCUGGUCUCUUUGCUGGACAAUCGGGAAGCUCUCUUCACUCCUUGUGGUCCUUGCCGUUGCAGUUCUCAUUGCGAUCUUUGUCGGUUUCUUCAUAUCGGGCGCAAUAAAGAACCUGAAGGAUCCGCAUGGGGAGAUGAUCUUUAAGGUGAAUGGGACGGUGGCAUUAAGUGAGAGGGGAGUUGUAAAGCCUUUGGUGGGGAAGGAUCAGAAGUUCGAUGUGGCCGUCAGUGUGUGGAUCAGAGCGGGGGUGGAGGAGGAGAGGAGGUGGAGGGAGAGCCUUAUUGUAGGUGCAGAUGGGGAGGAACAGAAAAGAGAGGCAGAGUACUCGAUUUUGGAGACGCCUCUGUUUUCGGACGUGGUUUUUAGAAACUUGAGUCUUUCGGACAAACAUCGAAGGGUGGACGUACCACUAAGAAUUCCCACAGCGAAAUUGUUUCCGUUAGGCUCUGAGGAUACUGGCGACAUCACACUAGCAGACCAAGCCAUAGAACACUUCGGCAUAUCGACGAAUCUUCUCGAGUUCCUUCCCAUCCCUUCACGCUGCGGUUCUUCAUCCGAGUCUUCUCCCUCUCCAGAUGGCACUGAACCUACAGAUUCCAUUCCUACCUCUAAAGAAGAAGCAAAGGAACAGAAUGCUACAGACUCAUUCGAGGACAACUACGAGAUUGACAUGGCAUCGCCAACAAUAGCCCACAAGACAUCUACUAUGGGAGGCCCGAACAGCCUUUUUUGGGAAUCUAGGAACUCUUCACACCAUCCGUUUAUUGUCACUAGGUCGCAGCUUGUCGUUGUCGACGAGACAAGGCCUUUCAAACUCACAGCGUUCAACGCUGCAUACAAACGACUGAAGAUGUCACAUUGUUCUGACCCAUCGGAAGCCACCUAUCUCGGUCCGGGGCAGAAGUGGUGUCCUCGUGCCUACUGGGAGAAUGGAAACUGGGACAUGCGGAUGAAGGUGACGAAGGAGGAUGGAGGGAGCGAGACGGAAUGGGUAUAUCCGCCAUAUAUGUUAACUGCUCCAUGGGCUGCAGGACCUUUGGAUCUUGUUCCUGUUCCUGUGAAUCGGGAGAACUGCACGACUACAGUGGAGAGCAACGAAACCGCGAACAGUAAGCAUUGGGUCUCACUGCCUUCAGAUAUUAUGGAUGACAUCCAAACAAAAUACGAGAGCCACGAGGUGCAAGGUAUGGCGGAAUUGAUGAAUGGAAUAGCCGGUCAUCGCUUCGACGAGAACAGACAUCCUAUACGGCGCUUCGCGGUUGACGUCGUGAACUACUCCCUCAUGGCCAUCAUUCACGUCGUGGACAUUCACUACUGGUACACCCGCACCUCUGCCUACGGCAUUAGUCUCUACGGGUCCUCAAUCAUCGUCCUCUAUGUCCUCCUUUCCGCUGCCGCCGACUUGACCGAGCACCUGUUCCUCGAAUUCACGAACCUUCAAGGCUUGCGGGGCACAGACUUGAUUCGCACAGCCAUAGCCUACCUUGUCCUCUACGUGGCACUGUGGACCUAUUUCUGGGUAUACCCAUACUCGCACUAUAUCAUACAGCCGUCAAUGUCUCCGGAUCCAACGGGCGAUGAAAUUUCGUUCCCGAAUAGCUUCGGAUAUAGUGGGGCAGCUGUUCCAGUUCCUGCUGAACAGGAGGACUGGGCUGUUUGGGGGCAUCGUCUCGCGGCAAUCCUAGACGUUAUUCGAUACCUCAUCACUCUCCUUAAAUUCGUCAAAGCCUUCACGGGUCCUUAUGAGGUCGUACCCGGAUUCAUGACGCAGGAAGUACUUGUGAUUAUGGUGGCGGCGGCUAUGGCGUGGCAAGCUCUGACGAUGAAGGCGGUAGAUGCAAGAGCCGGGGAUGCCGACGAGGACGAAGAGUAG